GACUUAAACUUGACAGCUCAUUCGAAAUUUUUUGGUUAUUCACAAUUGCAAAAUGAAAUGGAAAUUAAGACAUUCGUAACGAUAUUCGAGUGCAGUGAAUGAUUAGCGAAUUAUUUCGAGGUUAUGUGAAUGAUAGUCAAGUAGUGAUAGCCAGAUGCUGAGAGAUUUUGCUAUUUAAUAGUCUGAUUAGAAGUAGACGAAAAGGUCAAGAUGGGUAUCAUUAUUACAAAGUUUAAGAAAAAGAAGAGUACUGAGGAGAUGUUGGAAAAAUUGGAGGAUGAGAUAAAAUGCAUUGAAACGUAUGGAAAAGAUACAGAACAGUCUCAAAGAAAGAUUGUCGGAGGAUUCCUUUUCACAUCAAUUAUUGUCUACCUUGGAACGGCCUUAUUAUUUUACUUUUAUUUUUUCCCAGCGACGAUUUAUGAUCGAAUAUUGUACAUUGUCCCUUUAUUAUUGGCUCCAAUUAUGAUUGUGUUCUUAAAAAUGGGACUUUCUUUCUAUUACAAUCGUCGAAUUACUAAAAAUCAGAAUAAAUUAAGAAAACUUAAUGCUGAGAAAAAGAAAAUACUUGAAAAAGUCAUGGAAACAGAAACUUAUAAAGUUGCCAAAAAGAUUUUAGAAAAGUAUGCGCCUGAACAAGUUCGAAAAAAUCCUACAGUGCCUUCUUUGGAAAUAACUAGGACACCUUUACAAUCUAAUGCUUUAACACCAACAUCUUCCACAGCUGUAGGUUUGAGACAACGUGUAAUUGCACCGAACCCUCAACUACCAAAACCCGCUUCAAUGGCAGCCAUUUAUCAAACUCCACGAAUUAACACCAUAACACACACCUCCAUGAUUCAACAAAAUCCUGAUGGUACCACUUCACAAGCAUUGGUGCCUGUUGGGGCUGCUGGUUAUCCAAUAUCGCCGUUACCAAGAUCAAUACUGCCUAGAGAACGGUCUGUUUUUGAUAAAGUGGUUGAGUACUUAGUUGGCGAUGGACCCUCAAAUCGCUAUGCCUUAAUAUGCAAACAAUGUUCUAGUCAUAAUGGAAUGGCUUUAAAAGAAGAAUUUGAAUAUCUUUCAUUCAAAUGUUGUUACUGUUUUACAUUUAACCCGGCGAGAAAGCAACGUCCAGCAGCUCCAAAAUUAGAAAGUGAAUUACUGCCUCCUUAUUCACUAAAUGCUUUACCUGCACCCGUUGAUACUGAUACUUCCGAGUCGGAAAAGAAUUCUGCUUCGGGUUCUGAAGAUGAACAGGAGAAGAGUAUAAAAGAUGAAGACGAUUCUGGACGUGCCGUUGAGGAUGAAGAAAUUACAGAAAUUAGUGAACCGAUUGAAACGGAGGGUGAUGAGUCGGAAUGGAAAACAGAAACGGAGUCGGUGGUUGCGGAAUCAUGAUGUAAGGUGCUGAUGAUGCCUACAAAAGAAAUAAUAAUGAUAAAAUUUUCGUAAUGAUAUAUUAAUUUUUUUGUGUCCUCUUUUACUUGAUAGUACCCCAAAUUGUAUUUAUUAAAGUGGUUAACUAACAAGAAAAAAAUCUAAGUCUGUCAAUUUUUUAAGAUUGUUACUCUUCAUUGAGUGUAUUAAAUUUAGAAUUGUUACUAAAGAAUCACUUUUUCAUUUUCUUUUUAAGUCUAUAUUUACUAUAUAGAAUCUGUAUAGUUUGUAAUAGAUGUUUCUAAUUUUUUUAAAAUUAAUGUUUUUUUAAAUUACUCUUUAAAAAAAUGUUUUAAAGAUGUAAUGUAAUUGGAGUGUGUUCAAAGAAAAAGUGAUAUUGUCUAUAAUUAUUGUACUGCUCUCUUCCCAUCUUCCAUUGAAAUGAAAACGAAAUUAAUAGUGAAGUAAAUGAGAAAAAAGAAAACGUUUUGGUAACGGAUUGUGAUAAUGACAAAAGCUUAAACUGUUUGUUUUUCUACUAUACUUAUAUUAAUUGUUAAUUUAUUCGGAAGUAGGUGCCUUUUUUUCAUAUAUCAAUUAAUAAAGUGCUUAUACGUUA